CCGUUGUAAACUUUCCUAUAUCCGGUGUUUCCCGGCAAAGAAGAAAGAACAUUUUUCUGUGCAAUUUUCACAGCCUCUGGAGUUGUACUUUGCUUUGCAGGAUCAUGAGUUCUGCAAGCAAGGUCGGUGAGAUCUUCACAGCUGCUGGGGCAGCCUUCAGUAAGCUUGGUGACCUUACCAUGCAGCUUCACCCCACAGCAGAGCCAAGUCCAUCCAGUGGGAAGUGGACACAGCAAGAAAUUGAUCUGUUGAGAAAUGCUGUAAAAAGAUUUGGUGAUGACUUGGACAAAUUAAGUGAUGUUAUUAAAACAAGGACAAUUACUCAGAUCCGGACACAAAUGAAGCGGAAGUCUUAUGAGGAAGCCGGUUUACCCCAGCCUACAGACUCCCCUAAGAAGGUGGUACUAGAUAAAAAGCUUGUAACUGUUACUACGGCGCCCACUGCUACAGCUGUGGCGGGAGAACCACAGGCCAAGAAACAGAAAAAUGAUGUGACACUGAGCGCAUUGAAUGCCCCCGAAAGUGAUGUAGAUAUCGAAGGUGAUUCUUCUUCCUCUAAAAAGUUAGAGUUUGAUUCAGAUGUGGAUUCGAGUAUGUUAUGACUAAAGAAAACUCGUUGAUAUGAAACGUAACCAGUCUCUGACAGACAACUGGCAGGAUGGGUUAAUUUGCCAGCUGUGUUUCAUUUUCUUCUGGAAUUAUAUGUAAGAACAAAGAUACUGUGAAAAAAUGAGGAUUUUUAGUGCAAUUGUCAUCUGCAUUAAUGCUGUGUUUAAGAUUUUUGAGAGAGAUGUGGAAGUGAGAGUGUUUAAGUGUGCCUGGUAUGACUUGAUAAUGUGUGUGUGUGUGUGUGUGUGUGUGUGUGUGUGAUGUUUUAUGACAAGCUAUUACAAGAUUAUCAGCCUUUUUAUGUAUCAAAGUUGACACAUAUUUAUAGGGACAGUAGUUCAAUCAUUACAAGUCAUUCUGUAUUUUUGUUCAUGCACGACAAGGUUAAUGGAUAGACAACAUUCUUCAAAAAUGUAGAAAUUCAUAAUUUAUACUAUUUUUUACUGAAUGUCAACUUAAAAACAAUAUUUUUACUAAAUGUCAACUUAAAAACCAGGCUUAUUGUUGGAAAAUAACAGAUCUUCCUUAAUUUAAAAAAAAAAUGUUAUACAUUGUAUGUUAAAAGGGGGGCAGUUAAGUAUUUUUUUGAUGAAAUUUAAAUAAGAGAAAGUACAUAUUUAUUGGAAUUUCGAUCACAUCAUUACCAUAUUUAUUCUCCAAUAAGCCCCCUCUCCUGAUGUUAAAUAUUAGUAUUAAUGUUUGGGGAGGGCUUAUUUGCUUUUACCUCGCUAUUUUAAAAUUAAUGAUUCUGCAAAAAUAAAAAGGUACAUUUGCAGACAGGUUUAUUUGCAAAUACAUCAGGUAAAAAAAGUGUUUUAAGAGGCUAGGCAGCAUUACAUGUUUCUGUGAGUUUUACCGUCACUUAUUUUUGUUUUUUUAUUUUUUAUUUUAUAGAAAUAGGACUUUCAUUGUAUAAAACAUCUUCAUUGCAUUUUGUAAAUACAUCUCUCGUAGAAUAAAAAUUGUCAAUAUCUGUUCAUUUUGAAACCAAGUUGUGUUCAUUUCCCAUAACAGUUUGUGUCAUUUAGUUUUAUCAAUAUUCUUUUCCUAAUUUUUGUAUUGUAUACAUGACAUUUUGUGUAAAGAGGCAAAUUUGUUGAAAUUCAUGUGUUUAAUUAUUCACAUCCCAGUGUUACUGGUCAUAAUCACAGGAACUUGGUACAAAUUCCCAAUCCAUGUUUUUUUUGGUUUGCUCUCCCAAGGAGUUACUCUCAUUGCCAUACAUAUACAAUGUAUAUGGACCAUGGGUUUGUGCCAAAUGCCUGUGAUCAGUUUUUCAUAAAAUCAUGUUCUUAAUGAUUGAAGAUUGUAGAAAUACAAUAGAUGUAUGUUCAAUAUGUACAAAAUAAGAUUCUGAAACAUCAUGUGAUGAUUUUGUCAUAAAGAUCUGUGUCCCACAAAAUUUGUUAUCAUUUUCUAAUAACACAAAUUCCAGCUCUGCAACCAGCAACAUGAAGUAUACUUAAAGCUUGCAAUGAAUAUUUUACUUAAGAAAUUUUUGAUUGACACCAUCAUGCGAUUUUCCCUACCUUGAUAAUGUAAGCUCACCUGGUCCAUAUAGUUGGUGGGUCUCACCCCCAAGGGGCCUGAGGGACAUGCUCAAUAGGGGAAAUAUAACAAAUUCUUUAAAAUCUUUCUUCUUUAGGAAUGAAAGGAUUUGCUUCCAAAUGUUGUAUGAAGCAUCAUUUGGAGAAGGGGAACCUAAUCAGACCGUCUCCCCUACUAAUUUUGUCAUUCUACCUGGAAUCUCACAAAUAAGCCGCAAUAAAUGAGAGAAAAACAAU